GGGGUGCGGCGGGAAGAAAAUGGCGGCGCAGGACGCGGCUAGCGGCAGCUCGGGCUUUGGGCCAGGCCCGCUGCCAGGGCGGUGCGCCUUCUUCGUGCAGAGGAAGAGGCGCUUCUGCAAGAUGGUCCCGGCGCUCGGGAGACGCUUUUGCGGGGAGCAUGGGCAGCAGGAGAAAGAAAACGACAGGAAAAGAAUUCCAUGCCCUCUUGAUCAGAAACAUACUGUGUAUGAAGACCAACUACAGAAACAUUUAAAAAAAUGUAAUUCCAGAGCGAAGCCAAAGCCGGUCUACUUUGUUCAAGAUAUUAAUGCAGGUGUAAAAGAUGUAGCAGAAAUACCAACAGAUCAAGUAACUCUCUCUUCCCUAUCCAAAGAAGAGCUAGAGAACUUAAUUAUCAAGUUGAAGAAAGCAAGUAAUGGUCUGGAACUUGACCUUAAAGAACAAGUACUCUCUCACCAGGCUUUACAGGAAGCCUUAAAUGACCCAAAGAACGGGGACUCUGCUUUCAAACACUUGAAACAGCAGGCUUCUAUUUUAGGUAACAUGGAAAAAUUACAUUUGCUUGGUCCAGGAAGAUGUUUUGUUGAGUUUGGAGCUGGGCGAGGAAAGCUGUCUCAUUGGGUUGAUAUUGCCUUACAAGAUGUUGAAAAUAUUCAAUUUUUGCUUAUAGAAAGGGCAACUACAAGAUUCAAGGUGGAUGGAAAACAUAAAAAGAGAGAUUCUAUAUUUGAAAGGCUUCAAGUUGAUAUUCAGCAUUUAUGUUUAAAUAAGGUACCUAUUUUAGAGAAGAAAAAAUUACCAGUGGUAGGAAUUGGGAAACAUUUGUGUGGUGCUGCCACAGAUCUUGCUUUGAGAUGUUUGGUAGAAAGUUAUGCAACUUGCUGUAAUGAAGAAAAUCAAGAGCCUGUACCAAAACGUACUAAGAAUAAGGCAGAAGGGUCUUCUAACAGUUCAAAUGAUGAUGAUAAUGAAAGGAACAAAGAAGUCGUUAAGCCUGUAGCUGGAAUUGUUAUUGCGCUGUGUUGCCAUCACAAAUGUGACUGGACACAUUAUGUAGGCAGAGAGUUCUUUAGAUCAGUAGGACUUGGACCAGUAGAAUUUCAUUAUUUUCAAAGGAUGAGUAGCUGGGCCACUUGUGGCAUGAGAGGAACCAUAACCAAAGCCUCUACAAAUGAAGAAAGUGAAGAUCACGCUAACAACGCAGAAGAGCUUGACCAAACAUACAGUAAAACAGAGACUAGUUCUGACGCUCUACAAAGGCUCCUUACUGUUGAGGAGCGAAAGGAGAUAGGUUCCCUCUGUAAACUUGUGAUUGAUCACGGACGGAUCAGAUAUUUACAACAUCGAGGAUACAAGGCUGCACUACAGUACUAUACAGAUUCCUCUGUGUCCUUGGAGAAUGUCCUGCUGACAGCUGUCCCAGACACAACAAGCAAAAUCCAGCUUCCACAGAUAAGCAGAUGAGAACAGGUGUGCAAAUGCUGAUGUUCUAACUGCAAGGCAAUACAAAGAUGUUUGAUGGCAAAUCUGGCCCAACGAGAAAUACUAUGCAUGUACGUAGAACCAAACUAAAUUUACACUAAAUAUCUCAGGUGUUCACAACACGAUGAUCUCAACAGGAAAGAACUAUGUAUUUACUAUUACUUCCUAUGAGCUGCUACUUUAGGAGCUAUUGCUCUAUAUUAAAUCUUGUAACUUGUAUCUGUGAAGACUUAGUAAAUUCUGCGUUUUGACUAA